CGAAGGUAGUACCUGACGCGGCUUACCAUGCCGUGCUCUAGACUGAACGCGGCAAUCACCGUAGCCUUCGGCAAUUAUUUUCUGUUUGUACUUUACCUUCGUUGACCAUAGCGCUCACGUUGCACAAGAGUACCCAUCCAAUACAGAGAAAAUGUGGCGAAACGACGCCUCUAGUCGACAACGCUCCGUCUCUAUACCCUGCAUCCCACCGGAGAUCAUUGAAGAAAUUAUUGACUAUUUGUGGAAUGACACUCGUACUCUCAUUUCCUGCUCAUCAGUCUGCCGUGUCUUCUACCCGCGGACGCGGAUGCACCUGUUUCGCACCAUUGAUAUUCGAAACAGAAUCAAUAUCGCCACGCGAUUCGUCGAGAUGACCAAAGCUUCCCCGAACCUACUAUCAUGUGUCAGGGACACAAGAAUCCGUGGCACCACCGUGCAUUUAAUCCUGGCCCCUGUACUUCCCUUGAUGGCCAAUUUGACUUCACUGAAAAUACAAUUCAUCAAACUCGCGAAAAUAUGCGACCUUCACGCUCACGUUUUCCAGCUGUUGGCGCUCAAGGAGUUCUCUCUGGAUGCUUUCUACUACGAUCAAGAAGGCCCGCCUUUCAGUCCGCUUCUUCCUACGCGUCGCGGACCGGCCCUUGAGAGAAUGGUCAUCGAGGUCGACGGGAAUCUGCAUUUGCUUCCGUCCUUCUUUCACGCGGGACUGCGGUCGGUAUACGUCGACACGUUGCAGUACCUCGAGGUAGACAAACCGUCAGAGAAGGAUUUGCACGUUCUAUCCAAACUCACACGCAUUGCAGGCUCGCUGAAGCAUUUGCGACUGUUAGAGAUCCAGUGGGAUGUACGUCAUUGGCCCAAUCCUCCUGCGCUUGCUUUAACCGGCUUAGAGUCGUUGUCUAUGGAAAUAUGGUAUAAGGACGACCUCGCGAGGAUCGACUUGUGCAUUUUGAGAUGGCUCAUCGGUUCGCUCUCCUCCAUGGACAAAGCUUCGUCGCUCCAGUCUCUCGAGCUGAAGCUCAAAUGCUGGGAAGACAGUGAGCUCCGGGAAGUGGACGAAAUGUGGCUAUUGUGGAUGCGGUUGGACGAUGUUUUAAGCCGCCCCGAUCUUUCGCGGUUGUGUGAGCUGAGGGUCAAGAUAUCGGGUGAGGAAACCACGAAAGAAGGGCUCCUCCACGCUCAGGCGUUGACGGAUAGUAGGUUUCCGUUGGCCCUGGAAAGAGGCAUUCUCGUGGUUUGCACGGAUGACGAAGAUUAAUAUUGGUUUUGUUCUGCUCUGUAGUGGGGUGAUCUGAAUGCUUCGUUUCGCAUCUCGAAGAGCCAUUUUUUCCCUCGUGCAUCCACCCUCGCCAGGCAUAGCGCAA